CCUUCAACUUCAGAAAAAAGAACAACUCCCAUUUUCAACAAUACAAAUUACAACAGACCAAAGAUAUGGCUAUCUCUGUCACAAGAAUGAAAGAGGCGGAUAUUGACGGGGCAAUCGAUACAAUCCAACAGGCAUUCGCGAAUGAUCCAUACAACAACUGGGUGUACCCUGACCGCUCCAAGGUUGACCUCGUCCGCAAUCGAGUCUCACUCACUCUACGUUGCCGUUGGGGGAUAAAGCACGGUCUUUUCCAUGUUGCUCGCUCGACAGACAACCCCAAGAAGAUCCUCGGCUGUGCCAUGUGGCUUCGGCCCACCCCGCCUUCGCAACCAGAGUCUUGGUCCUUGUACCUUUCAUCCUGGUACCUCUGGCUCUCACAGAUCCGAAUGAAUUUGUGGUAUGGACGUGGUGGACUUUCGACCAAGCGGUACUGGAUCUGGAAGGAGCGGCAGGCUGAGGCGCAAAAUGAGCUGUGGACGAGUAGCAAGGGGUAUUACUUCUGUAAUAUUGUGACAGUACUACCUGAAGCCCAGGGUCAAGGUGUGGGGAGGGCGCUGAUGGAAGAAGUGUUGAAGAUGGCGGAUGAGGAAGGUAUUCCGUGCUACCUGGAGAGCAGCCGAAACAUACCCAACGUCGCUAUUUAUGAGAGAUUUGAUUUCAAAUUGGUACGGGAGAUGGCCUGCGAAGAUGGAAACAACGAAAAGGAUAAGAUCAAGCUGUACUGUAUGAUAAGGGAGCCGAAGUCGCCUGCACGGGCAUAA